AUGUACGAUACUGUUAAUAAUCGUGGAAAAAAGGAAGAGAAGUGUUUUCAUAAGAGAAGGAAGAAAGAAAGAAAGAAGUGUUUUAGUUGGUGCGCGAAAAAAAGUGUCGAAAGUGUGGAUACCUUAAAUUCAGAGUCGCGUUCGGCGCUGCCUCUGGCGGGUCUGGUGCUAUCAUCGUCGGCCCCACUGCCACCGGCGUUGCCCCCAAGACGACAACCUCCGACGACCCCCUGUCCCAAUACCGGUGUGCUGUGCGGGCCGAGGACACAGCUGAAGACACCGCCGAGGACGACGAGGGCUACAACGGCGGCCCUAAAGACCUCGACGAUUACAACAAUAACAACAACGACAACAACAACAACAACAACGACGACGAUAAACACAAACAAAACGACGUUGCCCGCAGCCCAACAAGGCGAGCCGUCCCUCGUACCGCCUCACUAUCCUGCGCCUCCACGACCCCCGACUAGAAACGGUGGGGAUGAAGCGCGUGUCGCGAGGGCGAGGGGAAGCGGACGCGGAGUAUUACCGAGUACCAUCCUUGCUAAUGGAACGCCCCCGUCGAGAGUGCCACCACCUCGCGCGGGCUGGGCUGUGCGUAUUACGUCAACAACACUCCAACAACAACAACAACAACAGCAGCAGCAGCAGCAACAACAACAACAGCAGCAGCAGCAGCGUACAACGCCUAUUCUUCCAAGUAGUAGAAGGACACCAACACCGACUAACGGUGUUCAACAAUGGGCUAGCGGGCAGGCGACCUUAUCUUCGUCGAGUGCAUCAUUGGCGAGCGGGGGAGGAGAAGAAUCAAUUCUACCGAGUGUGCUCCGAGGAGGAAACGGAGUUCGUCAAGAGCACCGACAGCAAAAGUUACAACAUCAACGACAAAACUACCAGCACCGACAGCUGGAGAAUCGUUGGGAGAACGAGGAGGAGUUGGAGGCGACGAAGAAGGAGGAGUAUCCUCCUCGUCAUCGGAGACAUCAACAAGGGGACUGUUUUGAACUGAGAGGUCGGCAGAUGUCGCAGAAGAAUGCGAUACCGGGGCUCUCGCGGGCUGCCGUCGUCAAUGGCGUCCUCGACGGCGAGCAUGUGCGCGUCCACGACCAUAAUCGUCCCUUACCACCUCCACGAACGAUCCCGUCAACGGGGACGACGAAUACUGGAACGACAUCGACCGGAAUCACGGCACCACCACCACCACCACCACCACCGUCGACGACGACGACGACAACGACAACAACAACGACGACGGCAACGGCAACUUUGAGGAUACCUCAAACGGCCCCGUUAACACCCCUUUCCACCUUGAGUUCCUCCUUCAGGAGUAGGCCGACGACUAACGUCAGAACUCCUCCAUCUCAGAGCUUCGAAUCAGCACCCACCUUGCAAACCGGAGGCUCUCCGAGGAAUCUCUUGACACCCACGUCAAUGGACGUUGUUCCCACUCCACCGAGAACUCCGCUCGGGGAAGUUAGCUUGGCUUCCCCGAGACCGGACGGGGAGAGAGUUAUCAACGAAUACGUUGAAACGCCGUUCAAGCAACCCAAUGUCAUUGAUCGUUUAGACGGUAUCGUUCACGUCGACACCAUUGAUGGCAAACGUUCAGGAAACGAUUGUCCGAAAAAAGAGAAAGCAAGAUCGCGAGGUAAACAUGCUGCGGACAGUGGUAUAGCGGGGCUUCAUCGAGCCAUCAUUAACAAUACCAGUAGCUCUAGACGUCGCGGUGGCGGUGGUGGUGGCGGCUUAGACGCGACUAGUACAGCCUCGACUAUUAACACGACACCGGGUGGUACAGUGAGGAUACUAAGGGCGAACGAGAGGAGAGGGGUGGUGACGAAACAACCGGUUUCUUUUACGAAGGAACCGGCAAACACCCUGGGCUCGUCGAGGACCUACGACCCGGCCGGGCUUUCCAUCAUUUGCGAAUAUUGCGGAAGGUGUCGGUGCGAAUCUUGUCGAGAACCACCCUUAUUGCCUAGCAAAUGGCUCUGUAACGAUUCUUGCUAUUGCUCAGCCGAGACGGUUUUGGAUUAUGCUUCAUGCCUGUGUUGCGUUAAAGGACUAUUUUAUCAUUGCGUCGAUGGCAAUGGGGGAGGAGGCGGUGGUUCGGGAAGUGGAGCUACCGGGUCCUCGUCGAUGGAUGCCGAUAAUGGCGAGAGUUGUGCCGACCAGCCAUGUUCUUGCACCGGCAACAGGACAUUAUCGAGAUGGGCAUGUCUUAGUGCUUUGACCAUACCGAUGCCUUGUUUACUCUGUUAUUGGCCCCUCAAGGGUUGCGUAGCCGUUUGCGAGACAUGUUACGCACGACAUGCUUCGCAAGGCUGUCGAUGCGAACCCGGAGUAUUAACGGGGAGCAACACGUCAAGUAGGCAUCAUGCUAUAGUUAACGACAUCGGUUAUUCCAGGGAUCCGGAGAAAAGGCUACUCGAUCCAGUAACUCCGGAACUCUGAACCAUAACAGGUCGUUCUUCCAAUUAAUUCCUGUAAAUGGUUCUAUUGGACUCUAAGGAGGGUGGUGCGAAUUAAAUAUGCGCAUUGCAUUAAGUACAAGAGUUGCAUUUAAGUCCGGAAUUUGAACGUUUUUACCAAUGAACUAAACUAUUAUUACUAUUUUAUUAUUACUACUACUACUACUACUAUUACUAUAAUUACUAUUAUUAUUAUUACUACUAC